AUGUUCAAAGUCAAGGAACAACUCAAUGUACAUCAUCAGAUCAUUGCAUGUGAAGCCCCACCUAUGGUGCAUGCGGGAACUUGCACAAAGCAAAAACUAUGCGAGGAUGACUGGAAGCAGCUGUGGUGGAAUGGAAUGGGCAGAUUUUUACUGGACGGACGAAAUCCCCAGCCUUACAAGGAUGCUGUCGAACACUUCGAGAAACUUGACAUCGGACAAAUCAAUCUCGACUGCUGGAAGGCUGUGUUAUAUAUUGUGAAAGCUCACAGUGCUUUUGAUCAUGAGCAAAAACUUAUUACUCAUACAGCUGAUGAUCUUGUGAAGUACUUAAUUGUCGAGCCUAACUUUGAAGAUUUCAGUCGUCUAGUUCACUAG